AUGAUGUUUGAUAGUAAGGAAGCAUUGUUGGAAGCUAUCAGAGCGUAUCAUACUCGCAGAAAUGUGGAGUUUUGCUUACGCCAUUUGCUUAGCAACUUCAAUCGUGCUAUGGGUAAUGUUCAUCUGAAGAAGUCGUUUGGUAAAACAGCUGAGCAAAGACAACAAGUUAAGGUAAUGAAUGGUUUAAAGGCAAUUGCGACUGCAAAACGAGAGGCAAUUUUCUGGAUUGAUGACAUGGGUGAUAUAUCUAAGUGGUCAUUGUGUCAUGAUGGAGGUUAUAGGUAUGGCGUUAUUACUAACACGAACUUAGCUGAAGUUUUCAACUAUGUGAUGAAAGGUGUACGUUUCUUACCUUUGAAAACACUUUUUGAAUUCACCUUCUAUCGGCUAAAUGACUACUUUGUUCAAAGACGUGAACGUGCUAGCGCAUGGUUACUUGGAGUACACAUGUACACAACGUAUGCCACCAGGAUUAUCAAUAGAAAUACUAAGAAGGCAAAUUUCCAUGACAUAAUCGCAUUUGAUUAUAGAAGAGGUAUAUUCGAAGUUAAGACUGGGAGGGAAACUAGAGGAUCGUCCAAGGGGGGUAAGAUUCAACAUGUAGACUUGAAUCAAAUGAAGUGCACAUGUAACAAACUUGAGAUAUACCACCUACCUUGUUCACAUGUACUUGUUGUUUGCAUCAAACGACACCUUUUAUAUGAGAGGUUCGUGGAUCCGUGCUAUACAUCUCAAAGUUAUGCAAGUACGUAUGAACAUUACUUUAUGCCAAUGAUCGAUAAGAGGUCAUGGCCACAAUACACGGACUUUGAAUUUAAACAUGAUCCCGAUCAAAUUCGAGGUAAAGGGAGGCCUAAGUCUAAGAGAAUUGCUAACGAAAUGGAUGAGGGUAGAAAGAAACGAUCUAAUUGUCGUCAUUGUGGAAGCGAAGGUCACAACCCUAGAACUAGUAACUCAAGGUAA